CAACCUGACCGAGGGCAUGCACUUUGAGGCCCAGUUCAUCCCAGUUCUGUACUCCGUGGUGUUUGUUGUGGGUGUCCUGGGGAAUGGAUUGCUUCUGGGAGUUUUGGCUCAGAGCAGGAGGACCUGGAGUGUGACAGAUACCUUCAUUCUCCACCUGGGUGUGGCAGAUAUCCUGCUGCUGUUGACGCUGCCCUUCUGGGCUGCACAGGCUGUUCAGGGAUGGACCUUUGGUACUGCAUUUUGCAAGAUUACUGGAGCCAUUUUUACGAUCAACUUCUACUGUGGCAUCUUUUUGCUAGCCUGCAUCAGUCUAGACCGCUACCUGUCCAUUGUCCAUGCUACCCAGAUGUACUCCCGCAAGAAGCCCUGGGUUGUUCAGGCCAGCUGUUUGGCAGUGUGGCUGACCUCCAUGCUUCUCUCUAUUCCUGACUGGAUCUUUCUGGAGGAUGUGGAGGAUGACAGACGAAACACAAGAGAGUGUAUUCGUAACUACCUUAAGUUUUCAUAUCAGAUAGAGAUAGUAGGUGACUGGCAGCUGGCAUCACGCCUGAUUUACCACAUAGCAGGCUUCCUGCUCCCUUCAGUUGUCCUGAUCUUCUGCUACACCUGCAUCCUGCGACGGCUGCGAUGUGGCACACACGGCCUCCAAAAGCAGAAGGCUUUCAGGGUCAUCUUGGCUGUCGUGUUGGUUUUCUUUCUCUGCUGGACGCCAUACCACAUCACACUCAUGGUGGACACACUUCAGUCCGGCAACAGCAGUGAGACCUGUGGAGGCAGAUCACAUCUGGAGAAAGCCAAGAUAGUCACCUCCUCUGUGGGUUACCUCCACUGCAGCCUAAAUCCCAUCCUGUAUGCAUUUGUGGGUGUGAAGUUCCGGCGUCAGCUGCUGAACAUCCUGAGGUCUUUGGGCUGCAAGCUGAAGACAAGUGUCAGACUCCAGUCUGUUGCAAGCAGCAGGAAAAGCUCCAUUUGGUCUGAGUCAGCUGAUACCUCCAACUCCAUAGCUAUCUAAGAGGAAGAGACAAAAUGAGCAAGUAGAUCAACCAACCUGAACAAAUUUACAUGAGACAUGAAUUAAUAAGCAAACAGCGUCAUUCUGUAUUCCUGUGUCAUAUAACCUGUAACAAGCUGUUUUCUUUCUAUUUCCUUUGAUCUGGGAGCCGAGGUCAUACACCUGCAGACUACCUGUGGGAACCUCUUUUUGUUGUGUAGAAAUAUAACAUUUCCUUUUUGCUUGGCAACAUAACCACAUAAUGUGUAAUACUGCAUACUCUAUUUUUUACUCCAUUCUAUUUUUUAAAUGAUAUAUUUUACACCAGAAUUGUAUAUUGCAUUAUGAUUUUUGUAUAUGGAUACCAAAAUGCAGAAUAAACUUUUGUUUUGAAUAAAAGACCAUUUAGUGUGUUUUCAA